UAAUUUUUUUCAAAAAUUUUCGGCUUUAAGUGCAUUUUAAGUGAAGGGAUAAAAGUGAUCGAUUAAUAAUCAAAUUAAUUACUUGAAUGUGAUGCAAAAAAAAAUUUAAAAAAAAUAUUAUAAAUUAAUUUGAUUAAGCUUUGGCAUUAAAAUUGAAUAAAAAAGAAGUUCACGAGCAUAAUAUAAGAAAAUUUUGUGCAAAAAAAGUUUGUGGCUAAGAAUUAAAACCAAACGAAUAAGAAAUUGCGAUUAUAUAACGAAAAAAAGAAAGAAAAUUCAAGACAGUGGCGUCACACGAAGAAAAUACUAACACGGGCGAAUCAUCACCUUCCGCCCUGUUUUCAAAAUUUGGAGGUUCACUCUUUGGGGCCGCAACUGGAUCACCCCAAAAAGUAGUCACUAACAUUCGUGGAUUUCUAUCGAAUCACUUGCCUGGUAUUCCAUCAGUACCAGUUCCAGAUACAGGUUGCCUUACUGGAUAAAUUCGAUUAAAGAAUCUAAGCAUCAUCGGGACCCGCAAAAUUUACUACUACCAUACACAUAUCAAUCAACACUUACAAAACAUAAAAAAUAUACAAAUUAAUAAAAAAUACUAAACUAGCGAAACUAUGAGUGAAAAAUAUUAACAAAACAAGGAAAUGUGUAAAGGAUGUGCUGAAGCUAUAUAGUUGUUGAAAUUAACAAAUAUUUAUUGAACAAGCAACAGUUAAAAGGAUUAAAAAGGACAUUUAAAAUCGUAAGAAUAUUUAUCUAAAGCAAUCUUUUAUAGGAUACGAAAAGCUUCUCUUUUUAAGGAUCAAACGAAAUUAAUUAAAUCUCAAAAAUGGCGCCUUUACCAAUAAUUAAUAUGGAAUACGCAGAGGCGAAGGAAGUGUUAUGGACAAAGAUUCAAGAACCAUUGAUGCAGCGUAAGCUUAUUCUUGUGAUUGUAUCAAUAGCAUUGCUGUUAGACAAUAUGUUAUAUAUGGUCAUUGUUCCAAUUAUUCCUGAUUACUUGAGAUAUGUUGGUGCAUGGGGUGAUGAAGAUCAGCAAGAAUAUUUUGCAUCAAAAUUGCCAAAUGCUACACCAUCUACAAAAGUGCAUGAUCAUCAUGGCCAAGAAUCUGCAACUGGAAUGCUUUUUGCAUCUAAAGCAAUUGUUCAACUGAUGGUUAAUCCAUUCUCUGGUGCAAUUAUUGAUCGAAUCGGAUAUGAUAUUCCAAUGAUGAUUGGUCUCAUCAUCAUGUUUUUUUCAACAUCAUUGUUUGCAUGCGGACGAAGCUACUCAGGACUCUUCUUUGCACGUGCAUUGCAAGGUGUUGGAUCUGCUUUUGCUGAUACAGCAGGUUUGGCUAUGAUUGCCGACAGAUUUACAGAAGAAGCAGAACGUACAAGAGCACUCGGUAUUGCACUUGCAUUCAUCAGUUUUGGAUGUCUUGUAGCUCCUCCAUUUGGCGGUGCUCUAUACCAAUUUGCAGGAAAAGAAGUUCCAUUCUUAAUUCUUGCACUUAUCUCAUUGCUUGAUGGGUUUAUGUUGCUGCUAGUUAUGAAACCAAUUAAGCAACAAAUACGUGAAAGUCAAUCCGAGACACGACCAGAAUCAAUUCCAAUUUGGCAAUUAAUGAUGGAUCCAUAUAUUGCAAUAUGUGCUGGAGCAUUGAUGAUGUCAAAUGUGCCACUUGCCUUCCUUGAACCAACGAUAUCACUUUGGAUGGAAGAUACAAUGACAACAGAUAAUUGGAAAAUUGGUAUGAUUUGGUUACCAGCCUUCUUUCCACAUGUAUUUGGUGUCAUAAUCACUGUAAAAAUGGCACGUCGAUAUCCACAUCAUCAGUGGCGUAUGGCAGCUUUCGGUUUAGCAUUAGAAGGUGUUAGCUGUCUAUUUUUGCCAUUUAUCACAUCUUAUAAAUUACUUACAGUUCCCAUUUGUGUUAUUUGCUUUGGCAUCGCACUUAUUGAUACAGCACUGUUGCCGACAUUAGGAUAUUUAGUUGAUACACGCUAUGUAUCAGUAUAUGGAAGUAUUUAUGCAAUUGCUGACAUUUCAUAUUCAUUGGCAUAUGCUGUCGGACCGAUUAUUGCUGGUGGAAUAGUAGAAAUGAUUGGAUUUGUGGCACUAAAUAUUAUAAUUGCAGUAGUAAGUUUAGCGUAUGCACCUGCAUUAUCAUAUCUUAGGAGUGUCUAUGACUUUAAACCAAUGGAGAGUGAGGCAAAUAUAUUAAUGAGUGAUCCACCAGCAAAGGAAUAUCAAACUUAUUCAUUACAAAAUCAACAGCCUGCUGGAGAAUACAAGAAUCAUUUAGAAUAUGCAAAUAUAGAGCCUGGUGUGCAAGAAACGAAUAUUGAUCAGCAAUAUGACUACUCUCAGCAGCAAUAUCAACAAGAUUAUAGCUAUCAACAGCAACAACAAUAUCAACCAGGAUAUCAAGAACAGGGUGGAUCUCAAAAUCAGUCACGAAAUCUUCCACAACCUGUCGCUAAUCCAUUUAAACAGCAGCAGCAGCAACAAGAAGCUCAACAACCACGACCACCUGUAGCUAAUCCAUUCCGACAAGGAUUUAAUUAAAUCUAUUAAAUUUUUAGCAAAUUUUGUUUUCUAAAGGAUUUAAGUUAAUUAUAUGCAUAUGACUUGUUGAUUUUGUUAAAAUUCUACCUGAAUCCUUAAGUUUUAUGCUGAACUUGAUUGAUCAUUGCAAAAUUGAAUCGACGUUUAAUCCAGA